GGCCGUGUUUACGUGCACGGCUGCGUCACCCGAGCGAUGACAUCACUGCGCUUACGUAGAGACAGCGUCCGUGCCUUUGCGCCAUGAAUCGCCAGUGUGGUGCGCGUCUCGACAUCAGGGUGUGAAGACUGAAGCUCGGGAGGAUCGAAGGUCUUGGAUUUGUUUAUUUCUCGCCUGUGGUUGAGUGUAAAUCCAGCAGCAUGUCCGUCUCCAGCACACCCACCAGUAAUGAUGCCUGCCUGAGCAUCGUCCACAGCCUCAUGUGCCAUCGGCAGGGUGGAGAGAGCGAGUCCUUCUCCAAACGAGCCAUAGAGAGCUUGGUGAAGAAGCUGAAAGAGAAGAAAGAUGAGCUGGACUCUUUGAUCACUGCCAUCACCACAAACGGAGCUCAUCCCAGUAAAUGCGUGACUAUACAGCGCACGCUGGACGGUAGACUGCAGGUGGCAGGUCGUAAAGGAUUUCCUCAUGUCAUCUACGCACGUCUGUGGCGUUGGCCGGACCUGCACAAGAACGAGCUGAAACAUGUCAAAUACUGCCAGUUUGCCUUUGACCUGAAGUGUGACAAUGUUUGUGUGAACCCGUACCAUUACGAGAGGGUCGUUUCUCCAAGCAUCGAUCUGUCUGUUCUGACGCUGGGCGGCCCAGGUCCAAGUGGAGAGCUGAUGGUGAAGGAGGAGUUUGAGGGUCAGUCGUCUCAUUCCGCAGCUGAUGGAGGUCACAGUAUUCAAACCAUCCAGCACACGGCCACGCCCUCUGCCCCGCCUGACACUUUCAACAGCCCCGUCCUCCUGCCGCCAGCUGACCACACAAGCUCCACCUCCACCUCGGCUUUCAGCGCUAUGGCUGCCGGUCCAAACAAUGCUCCCAGCUCGUGGCCCAGAGGAAGCAGCUUUCCUCCCAGCAUUCCUCAUCAGAACGGUCAUCUUCAGCACCACCCUCCUCUUCCUCACACAGGACAGUACUGGUCAGUCCAUAAUGAGCUGGCCUUCCAGCCACCGAUAUCCACACAUCCAGCUCCAGAUUACUGGUGCUCAAUCGCAUACUUUGAGAUGGACAUUCAAGUGGGCGAGACUUUUAAGGUGCCCUCCAACUGUCCUGUGGUGACGGUGGAUGGUUAUGUGGACCCGUCUGGUGGAGAUCGCUUCUGUCUGGGCCAGCUGAGUAACGUUCAUCGCACUGAGGCCAUCGAGAGAGCCAGGUACCGCUUCACAUCCAUCACUUACUGAUCAAUGCAUCGCACUACUGACAUUGCAAUUAAUAUACAGUUUAAGUCCUGUAA